GUAAGAAGUUCCACUGGUCUCCGAAUAUCUCAUUGCCAAAGUUGAAAGUGCAUGGACCAGAUUUGUCUGGAAAACUUCAUGCAGAUGCACCUUUUCUAAUUCAUUUAGACUCUGUACCUAAUGUUUCUUCUUCUACGGUUUCGUCUUCUGUUCCUUGUGUUGAUGUUUCCCCUAGUUACGUUCUUUCUGAUUCUUGCUUAUCUCCCGAAUUCGUGCAAUCGUACGUGCGUGAUUCUGUUUUGGUUGUUUCUGAUUCUGGCAUUAUUUCCCCUGUG